AUGUUCUUAAAUGGUGUAAGUUUAAUUUUUACUACAGAGUUGAACCAAACUGGAAUUCACAUAGUUAGCACAGAUGAAAGGUCAUUGACGCUUUCCUGGGAGCUGAAUUCAGAGAUACACGAAUCUCCAGUAAACGUCACAGUUGUUGCAAAUAAUCUCGAUGGUGGUGAGGAAUACACUUGUGUUCUAGGACAGACUGGAAAUGCAACCUGCGCUGACCUCGUACCUGGAUGUAACUAUACCGUCAAAGUGGAUGACCUUAAAGGAACGGUUGAGAGCUCUGCGUUAACCUCGGCCUCUUUAGUUCCUGCUAGUCCUGGAAAAUUAAACAGAACUUUUUGUGGAAGUUUUGAGGCACCAGAUGUGACUCUUUGUUGGAGCCCAAGUGAAGGGUGUGUGGAUUAUUACUCUGUCAACGUUACACAGUCAGGUGGUGAGGUAGUCUUUUCGACCAAAACAUCUGAAGGUGCGAAUACCGCAACUGUUACCAAUUUGACAGCCGGGACAAAAUACAAUAUAACAAUCUUUGCACACAGUUUUAACAAAUCUAGCGCUUCAAAAUUGGACACAUUUGCAACGAAACCAAGUGAACCAAGUCAGCCACUAAACCUCUUAGUUAAAGUUCUUGGAAAAACGGAAGUAAAGUUAAAUUGGGAAUCUCCUAAACACCCAAAUGGUGUGAUUUCUGCCUACACGGUGUGCUUUGCUUACAAGCACUAUUGGGACCAGUCAUACUCCGAAACAAACUGCACUAACAAAACAGCGCCGGAAAUGGACGUGAAUGGAAACCACUUUAAAACAAACUUGUCACUUCCUUUUGCAGGUACAUUUUAUACCUUUUCUGUUGCUGCUCUUAACGAAAUGUUCACGGGGAAAUCUGUUCUUGUUGACGCAAGAACUCACGAAUCAACACCCGAGAGUGUCACUGGACUGUACGCACAGGCAACCAACACAACCAUUACCUUGAUGUGGUCACGUCCAGAUGUCCCGAAUGGAAAUAUCAUAAAGUACCAGCUACAGUGGUCGAAAGGGAAACACGUGUGCAGAAUUUUCAUCGAAGCAGAUACACAUUCGACCUGGGGACGCGAUGCUGAAAGAUGUGAUUCGGAACUGCCUGAGCCGAUUGAUGUAAACCAGGUGGACGUGAACUACACCAUUACCGGGCUUGAACAUCUUAAAGACUAUGAUUUGUGGUUGACACCAAAUACAGCUGCAGGAGAUGGAAAUACCUGUAAUCUCACACAACGAACAACUGAAACAAGCCCUGGACCUGUGGGUAAUUUGACAAUACGCGAUAUUCGGUCAGCCGCGAUAAACGUGACAUGGACGAUUCCUGAAAUAAACCCAGGUCCGACCAACUACACAGCGGUCGCUAUAAGCACGAUACCUGGACAGGAACACACUGCUCGGUGUGAAGUUGAAGGUCAGUGA